GCAGGAAAGAGUUUUGGUCGUUAUUGACAACGGUGUAAUGAUUUACUGAUAACGUUUGUUUGGUUGUUGGAGAAAAAGCAACAACUUGUACUUUUAAUGGAUAAUACAACUCUCUCGUUGAAGCAGGCAGUGACGUCCUUCUGAUUUAACGCGGAAGACUGUCAACGGCAAACAAGGAAAUGAAAAUAUGAAUGUUUGUGAUGUGGCUAACGUUAGCAAACAGCUACAGCAGCACUUUAUUCUUUUAGCUUAGAGCUUUAAAUCUUCUGCUGCAGUGUUUAUAUCCGCGUGUAAGGGAGCUAUCGAAACGGGUAAGAGACCAACGUUCCAAAAUGUCCACCAAAGACAACUCUCGCAUCUUCGUUUUGGAGGAGCAAGUGAACAGUUUAUCAGAUGAGUUAAUGCAAUGCCAGGCAGACAAGGAGUUUGUGUGGUCCCUAUGGAAACGCCUGCAAGUGGCAAAUCCAGACUUGACCCAGGCUGUCAGUUUGGUGGUUGAGCGUGAGAAGUACAAAGCUGAGAUCAAGGACAGGAAGGUGUUGGAGAUCCUUCAGACCAAAGACUACAAGAUCCAGGACCUGGAGCAGAGAGUGACAGGGCAGCAGCGGGAGAUUAACAACUUCUCACAGAGGAGGACGGAGACGGUGGACGAGGAGAGUUCCCUAAUGAAGAAGGAGCUGACAGCUCUGCGUGAACAACUGGUCAAUAACACUCAGGAACUUAAGGAAAUGAAGAUGGAGUGUAGGAGGAAAGAGGAGGAGGAGCGGCAGGUGGUGAAGGCUCAAGAGGAGGAGAAAGAGGGAUUAACCUCCCGCUGGGUCGCCCUGCGAGCUGACCUGGAGGAGAAAGUGAGGCAGGCCAACACCCAGAGGGAUGCCGCCCAGGACAGAGUCAAGAAGUUGGAGGAUCAGCUUCACAGUGCCUGGCAGGAGUUAUCCAACCUACAGAGCCACAGCAGCAGUCUAACAGUUCAGCUUUCCUCCAAAGAGAAGGAGGUGGCAGCAAAAGAGGGGCAACUCAAUCAAGUUCGUUGUGAGUUUGCAGAGGUGCAGACUCUGUACAGACAGAGCACGCAGCACGCAGCGGAGCAGAGCCAUCUGAUCAAGCAACUGGAAGGACUGAACCUGGACACUCAGAGAGUCCUGAGGAACCAGGAAGAGGCACACACUGCUGACACCACAUCCUAUCAGAAGCUGUACAAGGAGUUGAGUCAGUGCUACCAGGCCCUCAUCUCUAGUGAGGCCAACCUCCGUCAGAGUCACCAGCAGCUCAGCGGCCUGCUGGAUGAGAAGGACCAACACAUCCUGCGGCUCCAGGCCCAGAUCCAGCAGCAUGAGCUGGAACACACACAGCUGGAGCAACAAAAUCAACAACUACAGCAACAACAGCAACAACAACAACAACAACAACAGCAACAACAGCAACAACAGCAACAGGCUCAACACUCACCCCUUUACUCACCAAACAGACAGACUAACUUGAAGGCAGUGCUGUCGGAGCAGGCUGAUGCUGCAGCUCAGAUGUCGAGCCAUAACUCUGACCAGGCCCAUCGAGGCUCAGAUCCCAGGCCAGAGGAUAAGACCCUGCAUCGGAGAUCCAGCAGUUCCGUCAGAGGACAGCAGGGUGCACCAGUGCAGCGAUCCAGGUCUCUGUCCCCAGCCAGCAGUGUGGAGUUGGGAAGUGGGAGGAGGAGAGGGGCUGAACAGAGGGUUCAAGACCUUGAGGAGCUGCUGCAGUUGAAGAUGGGGGAGAAUGAAGAGCUGAGGAAGGCUCACGAUAAGCGCCGUGAACGCCUGUGUGUGAUUCAGACCAACUACAGGACAGUCAGAGACCAGCUGAAAGAGACGGAUAAAUCCAAGGGCUUGCCAGGCGGAAGGACACAGCGUGCAGAACCGUGGCAGCUCAGACACGAGAACAGUGACGCAGUGUGGAAUGAGCUGGCCUACUUAAAAAACCUGAACAGGAAACUCUCCACUGAGAAGGCCGGUGUGGAAGAGGAGCUGGACAUGCUGCGAGUGCAGGCUGCGAUGGACCGGGCCACGGUGAAGGAGCUCCACAUGUGUCUUGCUGACGAACACCAAGAAUUGCUUCACAAAGUGGUGGAGGAGCGCCAGGUCAAAAGCAGCACUCCGAAAAAGCUUUCUGUUUCUUCACAGCGAAUGGAACAGUCGUUUAAAAAGAUUGAACAGCUGGAGCGUAGGAUGGUGUCCCUGGAGGAGGACACGGAGAGGUUGAAGGAAGAGAAGGAGCAGCUUCUUGAGGCCAACGAAGACUUGGCGCACAACUGCCGCGGACUCCAAGCCUCCCUGGACCAUCACCGAACCCAGGAAGCUGUCCGUGAAGAGGCCGCCCAUGCCCAGGCCCUGGCCCAGGGGGAGAAGCAUCGCAGCGAGAUCACAGCUUUACAAGGCCGUCUGGCCGCCUCUCAAAAAGACGUUACCAAGCUCCAUCAUCAGCUGCUGAAGCUGAGGCAGGAGCUGGGGAUCCUCAGAGCGGCCAGGGACUUCUACAGGAACCGCGCAGCAGCACCAGCACGGGCAGGCGGGACGGCUAGCAACAUUAGCGGCAAGGUCAAACUCAAAACAAGCAGGCUCAGAGGCCCGCUACCCCCGCGCCGCCACCCAACACUCAGCCCCAAUCAAGCCAUCAGCUGGCAAGGCCGCAGCCCGAGUCCCACUAAAGACGAGUGGGAGGACUUGAGCGUAGAGAGUGACAGUGGGGACGAGUACGUGGGCAAUCUCAACGGGCUGACCUUGAGGACAACUCUGAACAGACAACACAGUGACAGGAAGUCCUACAGGUGUUCAGUGAGCUCACACGCAGCCGUGGCAACAUCCAGCAGAAAGCAACCCGAUGUUCUGGCCCAAGACGAUGAGCAGCAUGAGCCCUGGGAUCGAGAGACGAGGGGAGAGAAACGGAGGUGGAGGAGGAAGAGGAUGCUAAUGAAGAGCCAGCAGUGCUCCUCCUCUUCUCUGCAGCAGCGCGUGGAGUCCCUACAGCGUCACAUUGACAUACUGCGAAGUGCCAGGAAAGACGCUGUGCUCUCAGCCAAAGAGCUGCGCAGGGCCAAUGAGAAGAUCACGGCGCAACUCGACUCUCUUUCUGAGAAGCUCUGCAGCAGUAAACAGCUCACACAGAGGCUGACCUCUGACCUGGCUGGUAAGGAGCAGCAGAAGAAGGUUCUGGAGAUGGAGCUGGAGCAGUGGAGGCAGAUCACAUUACCCCAGCACACCGUACCAGCCGCCCCUGUUAACUCAGAGUGCUGCUGCCGGGGCAGGACCAUGCCCUAUCCGGCUAAUCCGGCCCCUCAGGUCCUGGAGGCUGAGGUCAAACAACUUCAAGCCAGACUUAAGAGUGCAAGUGCGGAGGUCACAAGGCAGGUGGCAGCUAACAAAGCCCUGCGAGGCCAACUCCAGGAGACGGAGGACAAGCUCCGCCAGCUGCGGGACAAUGCGAACCACACAGAGCGAGAUGUGAGCAUGAAAAGGCAGCUAGUGGAGGACCUGAAGACAAGACUGAAGUUCCUGCAGGAGGUGGAGAAAAGUUACCGUGGACAGGUGGAGGAUCUAGAGAAAAAGGUGAAGACUUUAUCAGAGGAGGCCAGCAACAGGAAGGCCCUGGUUGAUUCCCUCAAGAGGAGACUGAGUGUUGCAACCACAGAGAAAAGCCAGUACGAUGCGUCUUGUAAAAAACUAAAGGAGGAGCUGGAAAAGAAGGAGCAGCGCAUGCAUGCCUUGCAGGCUCGUGUGGGCGCGAGCGAGCAGGCUUUGGCCUCGCUGGAACAGACCGCCACUGAGCAAAUGAAGGGGUUGACCCAGCAGAGCUCCCAUGCCUUGGACAGGCUUCAGAGGCAGCUAGGCCAGGCCCACUCCCAUCUGGAGCAGCUUCACACUUUCAUCAAGGCUCUGGCCAGUGAAAUACUUUUAGACGUUCAAGAGGUCAAGCAGCAGUUGAUGAAGAGGAGGAGGUCGAGGCAGGCCAGCGCUGUGGCAGCAAAGGGCGGCCUCUCAGCCAAGUCUAUGAUCAAAGCCAAAUCCAUCGCUGCCUCCAUCCUCAAUAUGUCAGAGAACGAUCUCGCAGACAUAAUGGACACUGACCAGGCGGCAGGGGCCCAUUCAGAGGGUGCAGGAGACCAGGAGUGGCUGAACCACCUCAACCUCCUCCUCCGGCAGAAGAUCCCCUCUGCCGGCCAGCUAAUGGAGGCUGUGCGCGUGAAGAUGAAGGAGAGGAAAGUGCUGACAGAAGAGCUGGCCACGUUCGCAACACCAGUCAGCGAAAAAGCCUGACUCCCUGGGCUGAGGCUGGGAAAACUGUCAUCCUCUUCUUUUCCUCCCUCCCUUCUUCUCUCCCUCCCCGGUUCCUGCUCAGUGGGAGCCAGGCUGAGCCAAGCUGAGCCGGGGCAGCAGAACCAAUAUUUGUGAGAAAAGCGCUGUCGACUCACUCUGGGCCACUGGCUCAACGCAGCAGCCCGGCUUUUGUAAAUGAGCCCUCGACAUCUGUGUUAGCGCUCAGUGCACUACGUCUAUCAGACAGGGCCCUUUAGCGCCAAGCUCAUUUACAGAGCAGCCACUCUAACGCAGACCUGGGGUGAGAAGGCAAAUGCUUACGCUAAUGUUUAAGUUAGACUUUUUUAUAUUUUUCUUGCUUGCUUUUACCUCUCCCCCUAAUUUAUUUGGCACCUGAAGGACCUUAGGGUGCAGGGACUUGACCUAGCAAUGCAAAGUCGACACUUUGAGAAAGUCAAGAUUGCAGCAAGGAGCAGAAAAUUCACGUUAAGAAGUUCAAUCCAUUUUUAUCAGACCUGAUGCUACACUGAUGAAGAUCCAGAGAUUGAAGCCUGCUGGAUUUUAUCAGACAAAUGCACUGCAAUUAUUUAUUUCUGAAGGAAAUGUCUCAUGUAGUGGAUGUUUUAAAAAUGUUACAGCUUCUACUUUGUAAGAAUUUAUUCUGUUGAUAAUUUAUUUGGUAAUUAUGUUAAAUAUCAAUGGUUUUGUUCUGAAAAACUCCCCUUAACGUCUGAAUAAAAAUCCAUUCCAGUUUUUUGUAUA